CACGGCCCGGCCAUGGCUGUGAACGAGACCAGUGGCCAUUUUCCAACAAACAGAGUACUGGAAAAGUAUUAUCUCUCCACCAUGUACAGCCUUGAGUUCAUUAUAGGUGCCCUUGGAAACAUCAUCGUGGUGUUUGGCUAUGUUUUCUGCCUGAAAAAAUGGAAAAGCGGCAACGUCUACCUGUUCAAUUUAUCCAUAUCAGAUUUGCUAUUUCUGUGCACUCUGCCAAAUCUGGUGAACAGCUACUCCAAAGAUCAGUGGGCAGAGAGCACCCUGUGCCACAGCAACAGAUUCCUGCUGCACGCCAACCUGUACAGCAGCAUCCUGUUCCUCAUGGUCAUCAGCGUUGACCGGUACAUGCUGAUGAAGCACCCCUUCAGGGACCACAUCCUGCAGAAGAGGAACACGGCUGUGGCGGUGUCUGUUGCCGUGUGGAUCGGGGUGAUCCUGGAGCUGCUGCCCCUGCUGUAUUUCCUGGAGCCUGUCACAGCUGCCAAUAACUACAAGUGCCUUGACUACGCCAGCUCUGGGGACCCCGUGAGAAGCCUCGUCUACAGCAUGUUCCUGACCGUCUUUGGCUUCCUCAUUCCCCUCCUGACCAUGGGCUGCUUCUACCUGAAGAUGGUUUGUUUUCUGCAGAACAGGAGCGAGCAGAUCCGCUCCGCCCUGACCCUGGAGAAGCCCCUGACCCUGGUGAUCCUCACCGUGGUGACCUUCUCCCUGCUCUUCACUCCCUACCACGUCAUGCGCAACGUGCGCAUCGCCUCCCGAAUCCCGGCCCUCAACGUCUCUGGGGGCACGCAGAGAGUCAUCACCACUGCUUACAUCAUCACCAGACCCUUUGCCUUCCUAAACAGCGCCAUUAAUCCCGUCUUUUAUUUCCUGAUGGGUGACCACUUCAGAGAGAUGCUGAUGGCCAAAACAAGACAGCUCCUGGGCAGGCUGACAGCCACUGGGAGGUGAAUGAGUGAGCACACCCCUUGUGGUGGGAGAGGUCUGGGAGGAAACUCUCUGAGGGAGAGCAUUCAGCAAUGUGCCAUUGUUUUAGAUAACUUUAUUUAUGCAAUAGAAUAGGUAUGAGCUGAUUGUGUUCCUCUAAAUGCUCCUGUCACCUCGUUGUGCAGGAGAUUUCUGCUGAGCUGCCUCCAGCGAGCCAGGAGGGAUGCUGAGCUCGCUCCCACAGGCCAGCAGUGGGAUGCCCCACAGCCCACUGAUACUGCCAUCAAAGGCCAUCAAGGCAGCUCUCUGAGGAACAGCACGCUGCUUUCAGACAGCUGCUCUGAGCCAUAACCCGGGCCUG